AGUAGUGACCCCAUAAAAUGGGGCGAGUAUUAUUCUAUUCAAUAUCUAUGGCAGGGGUGCGAGGGUAUCAUCGGUUUGAAAUUCAAAAAUGGUGCCGUUAGCCAAACUAGCAAAAUAAAACCUAGAUAGAUAGUUAGAUCUCGAAUCUCAGACACGCUCUUGAAAGAGAAUUGGAGUAUUACAGAGAUAGAGAGACGGGAAGACAAUGGAAAAGAGCAAGAGUAGUAGGGUGUCAGCGAUGGAGGCGUUUGAGAAGCUGGAGAAGGUGGGAGAAGGAACCUACGGCAAAGUGUAUAGAGCAAGAGAGAGGGCUACGGGGAAGAUUGUGGCCCUGAAGAAGACGAAGCUCCACGAGGACGAAGAAGGUGUACCUCCCACCACUCUCCGCGAGAUCUCCCUCUUGCGCAUGCUGUCCAGGGAUCCCCAUAUCGUCAGAUUGUUGGAUAUCAAACAAGGCCAGAACAAGGAAGGGAAGACAGUUCUUUAUUUAGUGUUUGAGUACAUGGAUACUGACCUCAAGAAAUUCAUCCGUAGUUUCCGCCAGAACGGAGACAAUAUCCCUCCCAAAACAAUUAAGAGCUUGCUUUAUCAACUUUGCAAAGGAGUUGAUUUCUGCCAUGGCCAUGGUGUGCUGCACAGGGACCUGAAGCCCCAUAAUCUUCUGAUGGACCGCAAGACAAAUACACUUAAAAUUGCUGAUCUUGGAUUGGCACGAGCUUUCACUUUGCCUAUCAAGAAAUAUACUCACGAGAUCUUGACACUUUGGUAUAGAGCCCCUGAGGUUCUUUUGGGUGCUACUCACUACUCAACAGCAGUGGACAUGUGGUCUGUUGGUUGUAUAUUUGCUGAGCUAGUCACAAAUCAGGCUCUAUUUCCGGGUGAUUCCGAGCUGCAACAGCUGUUGCAAAUUUUCAGAUUGUUGGGAACUCCUAAUGAAGAAAUGUGGCCAGGAGUGAGUAAGCUAGUGAACUGGCACGAGUACCCGCAAUGGAGACCCAAGCCACUCUCGUCUGCUGUCCCUAAUCUGGAUGGAGAUGGACUUAACCUGUUGGGUGAGAUGCUGCAAUAUGAACCAUCUAAGCGGAUAUCAGCAAAGAAAGCAAUGGAGCAUCCUUAUUUUGAUGAUCUAGACAAGUCGUGUCUUUGAUUGCCUUAUAUAUACCAACCAACCAACUAAGUGAAUGAAUUCUUGGUAUUCGCUUGCUUCUCUUGAGCAUCAAUCUCUUUGACAUGACUCAUUUUCAUUGGGAGUGCUCAUUCUCAAGUUCUAGGAUAAGAUAGUUUAGCUGCGAAGCGAAGUUGAUUGUAUCAUGACUUGCCUUUUAAUAUGUUGUUACUAUUUUUAUUCACCCAACUCAAGUGUCAAAGAUUUGGUGAUUUUGAUUCCAUCUCCUAUUGCAUUGCUA